AUGAGUUCUGACUAUUCUAAACAAUAUGCGGAUUUUAUAGGGGCGCUUGAAAAGCUCUUCCACAUAGAAUCUAAUGAACCUGUCGAAGAUAUGUGCAGUAUAAUUACAAAUACUUUGAUUUCGAAGUAUCAACUUUCAAUCAAGCAACUUACAAAGUUAAUUCAUGAGGCAAUUAGAUACAAAUAUGCAUCCGGAGCGAAUUACUUCAAAAUACUCAAACAGCUCGGGGCUGAUCUCACCGAAGUAUCGUAUUAUCAUUUUGAAACGGAGGGUUCGAUUAAAUUUAUAGUUAUGCAUGAUCAAAUUGAUAAGUUCAAAGAAUACUUAACUCAAAAUUCAAUAUCGGGUGGCAUUUUUCUCCAAAUUCCUAAUUUCAGGAACAAUGCUUACAAUCAUGGUUAUUUUGCAGAGUUAUCACUAAUUGAGGCAUGUGCCUACUUUGGAUCUGUUAACAUUUUUUAUUUCUUGAUUUCGAACCAAAUCAGUGAAAUAACUGAAAGGUGUCGUAUCUACUCAGUAAUUGGAGGAAAUCAAGACAUCAUCAACGAAUGCAUGAAAGAAAAUAAAAUGGAUAUUGAUUGUCUCAGAAGCAUUAUACGGGCACACAAUCACGAAUUGCUUGAAUAUGUUUUAGAUAGAGAGAUAUUCGAGCUUGAUGAUUUAUACGGUGAGCAUUGGAAAUGGGAAAAAGAAACGAAUUUGAUGCAUGAUGAAAAAUAUACAUCCAUUUAUGAAGAUAUCAUCAGAUAUCAAAACCUUAAUGCUGUAUUUCUUCUAUUCAAAAGGAACAAAUAUUACAUCUUUCCAUGGGGUGCUGCAUUUCCGCAAACAAUAGAUAUUUUCAAAAACAAUACAUUUUCUAACAAACAUAAUCACACUAAAUAUGGAAUUAUUUAUUUUGCAAGUAAAGCACAAAAUUCUAAUAUUUGCAGAUUAUUACUUGAGUCAUACAAUCAAAUUAUAGUCAACAAUAAUGAAGGAGAUGAUGAAUGUAUUUCACACGAAUCAAAUAUCAAUGAAAAAGAUAAAAAUGGAAAAACCGCUCUUCAUUUUGCAGCAAAAAAUAAUAAUAACGAAACAACUGAACUUCUUAUUUCACAUGGAGCAAAUAUCAAUGAAAAAGAUAAUAAUGAAGCAACAGCUCUUCAUUAUGCAGCAAAAAAUAAUAGUAAAGAAACAGCUGAAGUUCUUAUUUCACAUGGUGCAAAUAUCAAUGAAAAAGAUAAAGAUGGAAAAACCGCUCUUCAUUAUGCAGCAAGAAAAAAUAGUAAAGAAACAGCCGAACUUCUUAUUUCACAUGGUGCAAAUAUCAAUGAAAAAGAUAAUAUGGGAGACACUGCUCUUCAUAGUGCAGCAAAAAAUAAUAGAAAAGAAACAGCCGAACUUCUUAUUUCACAUGGUGCAAAUAUCAAUGAAAAAGAUAAUAUGGGAGACACUGCUCUUCAUAGUGCAGCAAAAAAUAAUAGUAAAGAAACAGCCGAGCUUCUUAUUUCACAUGGUGCAAAUAUCAAUGAAAAAGAUAAUAUGGGAGACACUGCUCUUCAUAGUGCAGCAUAUUAUAUUAGUAAAGAAACAGCCGAACUUCUUAUUUCACAUGGUGCAAAUAUUAAUGAAAAAGAUAAUGAUGGACGAACCGCACUUCAUUUUGCAGCAGAAUAUAAUAGUAAAGAAACAGCCGAACUUCUUAUUUCACAUGGUGCAAAUAUCAAUGAAAAAGAUAAUGAUGGACGAACCGCACUUCAUUUUGCAGCAGAAUAUAAUAGUAAAGAAACAGCCGAGCUUCUUAUUUCACAUGGUGCAAAUAUCAAUGAAAAAGAUAAUGAUGGACGAACCGCACUUCAUAUUGCAGCAGAACAUAAUAGUACAGAAACUGCAGAAGUUCUUAUUUCACAUGGUGCAAAUAUCAAUGAAAAAGAUAAUAUGGGAGACACUGCUCUUCAUAGUGCAGCAAAAAAUAAUAGAAAAGAAACAGCCGAACUUCUUAUUUCACAUGGUGCAAAUAUCAAUGAAAAAGAUAAUAUGGGAGACACUGCUCUUCAUAGUGCAGCAAAAAAUAAUAGUAAAGAAACAGCCGAGCUUCUUAUUUCACAUGGUGCAAAUAUCAAUGAAAAAGAUAAUAUGGGAGACACUGCUCUUCAUAGUGCAGCAUAUUAUAUUAGUAAAGAAACAGCCGAACUUCUUAUUUCACAUGGUGCAAAUAUUAAUGAAAAAGAUAAUGAUGGACGAACCGCACUUCAUAUUGCCGCAGAAAAUAAUAGUGAAGAGAUCACAAAACUUCUUAUUUCACAUGGUGCAAAUAUCAAUGAAAAAAAUAAACAUGGAAAAACCGCUCUUCAUGCUGCAGCAAUAAAUAAUAGCAAAGAAACAGCCAAACUUCUUAUUUCAUAUGGAGCAAAUAUCAAUGAAAAUGAUAAUUACCUGUAA